AUACCCGCUGUUCUCCUGAGACAAAGUGACCGUGCGGUGGUUAUAGCCACCUGUCGCAAAAGAGAUGUGACCAUGGUGUAGACUGCGUCCGCUCGCUCCUGUAAUGUGGUUGGCAUACCUCACCCGCGGAGGCAGCAGAAACUACCUUGCUAAUUAAUCUCUUUGAACUCAUGGUAAAAUGAAAGAUCCGAUGACAUGGAUAAUAGGCAAUACCUCGUGACCCACAUUUUUGUCACCGACAUACCUUAAUGGCUGCAGUCGGCCUUCCCUCUAGCCGGUAACUUUCCAGCAGCGUGACCAUAUGGUGGCCACGUUCGCCACUCCACUGGGAUGGGGAUGAAACUGACCAACUACAGGGGCAUGGGGGCCUCGCCAUGCGUGUCGUUUCGGUCGUUUUCUUCUGGGUAGCCGCCUCCACACCGACACCGAAGUCGGGUCUCGAGACUUAGGACUUAGCUGUAACCUGCGAAAACACCUGAAAAGAGAAAACAAACCCCUCUCUUGCCCUGAGCGAGGGCGCUAAUGGCAGCAGAGAUAUAAUUAUUAUUUCUCAUACGUAAAAUGACGUAGCCUCGCACUGGAUCAUGGUUCGCCAUCUUACUCUGUUUUGACUGAAUGAGAAGGCGCUUCCGGUGAGCUCUCUAAUGACCCUCCAGGUACGUUUUCGCACUUAUCCCGUCAAACAAGUUUUGGCAACUCCGACUCCAACCGACUCUUUACCAGUGAUUUUGUCCGUUCAUUGGCUUGACUCUGUUUUGGUCUCAUGGUAGGUAAAGCCCUGGAGGACUUAAAUGAUAGGGCGUCCUGGCCUCUGGACCGCUAGGUUGUACCGUUCCAGAUUUUGACAAGAAGUCAGGUUACCCCGUUCCGUUGUGACACUAGGCUCCGAGCACUUUGUUGUUGUACGGAGUGACGAAAGGGCAAUUGCCUGGCCUACGGGACGGGCAUGGGAGGUUUGCCUGUUAGUGAUGGCUGCUAACUUGCUUUGCGUACUCAACACUGGUCAGCCGAUGCCUAUGGUUGGAUUAGGCACAUUUAGAGUGCGGGGGAAAAGUGUCAUUUACAACGUCAUUGAAGUUGCCUUGCAGAAGGGUUAUCGAUCAAUUGAUACAGCAGCUGUAUAUCAGAACGAAGCCGAUAUUGGUGCAGCUUUGAAAGAGCUCUUACCGCAGUACGGAUUGAAGCGAGAAGAUAUUUUUCUCACCAGUAAGCUAGCUCCAGAGGAUCAUCACCCGGAUCGUGUUGAACGAGCUGUUUCCAAGAGUCUCUCACAGCUCGGGACUUCUUAUCUGGAUUUGUUCCUUGUACACUGGCCUGGUACAGCUGGUAUACCAGCCGGCGAUACAGAUAACCGUCGACUCAGGCGUGCGGCCUGGCAGCAGUUAGUUGCUCUGCAUAAGACGGGCAUCCUGAAGGCAAUCGGUGUGUCCAACUUUACUGUUCGACACAUUGAUGAGCUUUUAGCAGAUUGUCAAGGUGUUAAACCAGCAGUGAAUCAAGUUGAGCUCCAUCCACACUUCCCUCAGAGAGAUCUACUGUCUCAUUGCAAGCAAGCAGGAAUUUUUGUCCAAGCUUACAGUUCAUUUGGUGGAACAAAUAAUAAAAGCCUCUUGUCUGAUCCAAUCAUAUUACAAGUGGCAAGGGAUUGCGGACGGCAACCUGCUCAAGUGCUUUUGCGUUGGGCACUUCAGCAGAACAUUGGUGUGAUUCCCAAAGCUGUAACUAAGCAGCACAUCCAAAACAAUUUUGAAUUGGACUUCACAUUGUCUGACUCGCAGAUAACUCUGAUAAAUUCAAUCACAACUGUUCAAAAGUAUGCUUGGAAUCCAGAUGUUGUUGCCUAACUUAUCC